CAAAUUUCUUUUCCUAUGUUCAUUAUUUCAAAAAUUUAUUUCUUUAUCUAUUACUUUUAUUGUUUAGCAAUAUAACGUAUAAUUAAUUGAAAUAAAAUACUUGACAAUAAUUUUGUUUAAAAUGAAGCAUAUAUUCUCUUUCUCUUAUCUAGUUUCGAAUUUGGUACUGUAGUCGAUUUCUAUUAACUCGAACGUUUGUACGUCAGAAAUUUUCAAAGAUAAAAUAUGUUGAAUAAUUUUCUGUUACAUUUGUGAUGACAUCGUAUUAAAGUUUGAAAAGUAGAUUCAGCAUGUCUUGUAAUAUUUGUCAAACGAAAUUUUCCUUUUUCACAAGAGAAGUUGCUUGCCCCGGCUGUGGUUUUUCAUGUUGCAGUAAGUGCCUCAAAUAUAAAUGUAAUAUUCCAGAUAAAGGGGUGAAAAAGGUCUGUGGACGUUGCUUUAAUAAAUAUAAUUUUACAAGUACCUCAAGCUUUAAUAAUAAUAUCGAAAUGAAUGGCCACGAAGAACCAAUGGCUCCAGUGGACAUUACAAAAAAACUGGACUUGUUAGAGAACCCUGUGAAGCCUCCUAUUGUAAUGUACAAACAUACAAAUCAUUGGGAUAGAUUUAAAACUGGAUUAGAACCAGCUGAUCAAGAGAUAGUUGAAAGAUUAAGAAAAUUGAAGGAGGAAGACAAAACUACAGCUUUAAGUGUAGAUGAGAUAAAACGGAGAUUAGCAUUACUAAAGGAUGAAGACCCAGAUGUUAGGCAGCACAGAAUAAAUAUGCAGCAAGUAGAUACCAGAACAGACCAACAGAAAACAGACGAUUUAAUACAGGAAUAUUUGAAUCAAUUGGAACUAUCCUCGGGAAGCGAUUCGGUUAGCGAAAUUCAAGCAAGGCUAAGAUCACUACAAGGCAUUAGUGAAAAACCUAUAGAACAUUCAGCUAAUGAUGACAAUGAUGAUGAGAAACACGUAACAAAGAAAUUAAUUGGGAAAGCUUUGGCAGAAGCAGAAUUGGAGAAAAAAUAUGAGAAAGACUUAGAAGAGGAUGAAUUGGAAGAAAUGGAACUCGAGGAGGCAAAACAUACUGAUGAUGAAGAUGAAAAACCUAGCUGUGUAAUGUGUGAACAAACUGAAGAUUUACAGCGAUGUUUAGGUUGUCACGGCGAUCUAUAUUGUCCUGUAUGCUUUGAAGAUAAUCACGACGAUUUGGAGUUGAAAAUGCACAAAAGAGAACCAGCAACAAGACGCAAUCAAUUUUAAUGGCUAAAAAUUUUAGAGAAACGCUUCGCAAUGACUCACAUACAGUUUCAUUGCUAAAAACACUUUCUGUAUAAUUUUUACGAACAAUACCUAUAACCAGCAUCGCGAUUUUGAUAUCAGAAUACUGUCAUUUAAAUAGAAGCAUUCCUCGCAAAGUACACAUACACAUAAAAUAAAUAAUACAUAAUUAUAGUAAGCUGUAAGUUUAAAGUCAAGAUUGUGAUUGUAUUAAUACGUGUCAUUGAAAAUUAUUGUCGCAUUAUAUCUACUUUCAUAGUAAAUAAUUUUGUAACAAUCUCAGUUUAACAGAUUUAAUAACAGAUAUUCACGCUUUUGCUAA